AUGGACGCUGAUAGCAGUUAUGGUGGUAGUGAUACUGCACAAGACCCUCACUCCUCCUUAGAUAACUCACACAACUCCCAAAAUGGCAAACACGAACAUGUUGAUAAAAUAACGACGGCUGUGCAUAUCAUGCCCGACACGGAAAGAGAGAACCAACCUCCUGAUGACCACUAUUAUCACAAGAAUGAAAUUACAGUUCCUGUUAACUUAGAUGAGACGGAUUUAAAAAAUAAUGCCGAUACCAAAUUGCCGCAUUACCUGGCCACGGCGAAUAUAGAUAUCAACGAAUCUCUAGAAAAUCACAGUAAUUUAGAAGAAAUGAAUAGAAAUUAUAAAAGUCAACACAAACUAAAUGACAGUUUUUCGAGAAAAUCCAAAAACGAAUCACCAAGUGGAAUUGACAAUCCAGCAUUUGUAGAAGAUGUAAAAAGCACUUUUAACAAUGAUAUGCCAUAUAGUAAUGGAUUAGUUCCAGAUCCAACAAAGUCUAACAAUCACGAACCCGUAACGGAAGCAGUCAAUUUAGAGCUGAUAAACAUGAAGCCAGGUAGUGCCAUUCAUAACGGCCUCAAGGGUUACGAUACCGCCGGAAUGACUACUAUCCCUUUGAAAAAAGAAGACGAAGACGUUCGGAAUCCUUACGACGAGUAUUUCGUGCCGGUGAAUGAACACAGGAAGUUCAUGAGGGGCGAAAAGUUAUAUCUAACAAAAGAUAAUAGAGUGGAAAAGAGGAAAAAUAAGUGGAUUUGUUGGACACUAUGUAUCAUUAUAGUAGCUAUAGCUGUAUUACUUGGAAUUUUGGCAGCAACUGGCAUCAUAGGUCAUCAAACAGAAUUACCUCAAGCAGUAGAAUCAAGUGGCAGAAGUUUCGAUAACAACACACCAAUAGAGAAAGGAGGUUUAAGUAUACCAGGAGUCAAAGAAAAACCACCUUUAACGCCUGAACCGCCUUUAUCCACCGUUGGUUCGAUGUUACCGACCACUGAUGAAUCUCAGAUUAUAGUUCCUCGAGUUCUAGAAUCCGAAUUUAAGAUUGACAACCUAGAUUUUAACCCAGAUAUGUUUGAUAAGACAAGCACUGAAUAUAAGGCUUUAUCUGAAACGUUAAAAAGACAGAUACAAGAAUCUUUGCUGUCUGAUGAGAGACUGAAAUAUGCACCUGAGAAAUUUGAAGUGAAAAUUAUGGAAUUUAUGCCUGGUAGUGUUAUUGUCAAAUACAGAAUCACUUGGAAACCAAGACAACGCCCUCAAGAUGAAGAAACUGCUACAACAAAUACUGCAGACCCUAUAGAUGAAAACUCUCUUAGCAGAAUUAUAUCAGAACAACUAAAAUCAAAUAAUGAUCUUAUGGGCGAAUACCACAUUCCAGAAACGUCAAUCAGAUCUCAAAGAAUACUUGAUCAGUGCAAAAUACAAAACAAUGGCUGUGAACAUCUUUGUAUUUUCGAUUAUAAUAACUUGGAUUUUCUGUGUGUCUGUCCUGAUGAUAAACAUCUUAGUUCAGACGAAAAACACUGCAUAGAUAGUAUACCGAUUAUUUCUGAACUAGACAUGCCCAAUUUAGAAAACGAACCAGACACCAAAGCCGAACCAGAACCCUUACCCGAACCUGAACCUCAACCCACACCCGAACCUGAGCCUAUAUCAGAACCUGAGCCAAAAUCAGAACCAGAACCUACACCCGAACCUGAACCCAAAACAGAACCAGAACCUACACCCGAAACUGAACCUAAAACAGAACCAGAACCUACACCGGAACCUGAACCCAAAAUAGAAACAGAACAUACACCUGAAGUCAAAGCAGAACCAGAGCCAAAAGCCGAACCUGAACCCACAGCUGAACCAGAAUCUAAAGCAGAACCGGAACCAUCACCAGAACCACAACCAGAACCUACAAUUGAACCGGAAAUUAAAACAGUAAACGUGCCAGUAUCUGAGUGGGAACAUCAAGCUGAGCCUGAACCAAGUUCAGAACCAGAAGCUACGCCAAAACCAGAACCUGAAGCUACAGAAAUGGAAAAGAUUUCACGACUGGAACUUGAAUCUAAAACUGAAGCAACAUCAAACGAAGAAAUUAAUGAUGAACAUACACUUAAAAUAGAACGUAUUCCCAAAGUAGAACAAGAAACUCAACAAGACAUCGAACAUAUGAGAAGUUUCUACAAUCAGAGUCCUACACACUCAGACGUUCACGUCGUGGAAAUGCAGACUUCUUUACCUACUACUACAAAGGAUUAUUCAUCCGAUGUUAUAAUUCCACUGUCAGAUAAUGAUGACAAUCACGUUUCUGAUGAACCGCAAGUAACUACUAAGAAGUCGCUAGAUUCCGUGGAUAACGGAAUCCCUCUAGAGUCACGGACGGAAAAAGCCACAGAAGAACAUCGAAGUUUCUCAAAGGAUAGUUCAGACUCAGAAAACUUCUUCCUAAAUCCUGUACUAGCAGAUUCGAUAACCACUACCACUUCCACUGAAAGUUCUGGCGAAGAAACUCAACCAAAGGAGAACAAGAAUAUUAAUGAGCACGAUAUAUUUAAUAAUACAGAUGAAUCAAGUACCCACGAGCACGAAGAAGAGAACAUUUCAACAGAAAAAGAACCGUCCGAUGCUAGUAUCGAUUCUAGUUCCACAGACCAAGAUGAUUGGGAAGAAGUUAUGCGUAAAAUUUUCACUCCUCCUGCUGAAAUUCACAUUGAAGGUACUACCGAGAAAAAUACAGUCUAUAUGGUUCCAAUUCUAAACGCUUCUGUAAAUACAGAGGAGUAUAGAGAACCAAAGAUUCAAGAACUUCACAUUAACCCUAUAAAUUCAUCUAACUCAGAAAAUAAGACAGUGCAUCAGAUUACUGACUCAGUGGAAUCGUCUGAACCCGGCCACGAUGAAUACAUGAAUCCAUUCCUACCAGAACUCGACAAUGAUACCUUCGUCAACUCUUUACACUCAGAAGAGCACUUUGUUGAUCACGAUAACCACGAUAACGUUUCUACCAUCAAACCAUCGUCAGGGGAACAUCAUAACGAAACCAGUAAAGCAGCACCCUCUGAUCAACAUGGCGACAGGCUGGUUAUUGCUUCUGUUCAUGAGAAUAAAAACGAAGAAGUAUCUACACUGCCAUCAAUGGAUACGGAAGAUACAGUCAAGUCAACUAAUCCACCUUCUUUGGAAUUCGAUCAAAUGAACCGAACAAAUCCAUUCGAUAACAACACGGCCGACGCCACAAAACUGAAGGAAGAAGAAAAAUCUUCCAGCGAAGAAUUAGAAAUCGAGCCUUUAAAACCGGAGGUAAUGAUCAUCAUUUCUGACAAAAAUGAAAUGACCUCCGAAUUACCAGCUACCACAGAAUAUAUUACUACAGAAGGUAAUAGAAUCUCAGAGAACUCUAAUAUACAAAUCAAAGACGACGCAAUAAACACUAGUACUGAUUCAUCUUCUAUGAAUGAACAUCCUAUGGAUACCACAACAAAACUUGUGGGCGGUAUUGAUAAUGCAAUCACUAUAAUUGGCACUACAAAUACAUCAAACGAAAAUAUCGAACCUGAAAAUCACACUGAGAUUCAAAAUAAUGUAAAUCAAGAAAUUCGCAUUGAUGAAAUCGUGAAUAAAGACAAAACUACUACAGGAAAAUCUGAAAUUAACAGUAUACAUGUUGCCUCAGAAAGUGUAGAUAUGAACGAAACCAAACUUACAACCACUGAAAAAGUAACCACUGAACAUGACAAUAUUAACGUUGUAAAUUCCUCCGAGGUGAUAACCGAUAGUACAACGAAUAAUAGUUUUAGUCAAAUUCAUAUAGCUGAAGUACUACCAACCGAAAAAACCAAAGAAUCUGAUACAAACCAAACAGAAAUCCGCAUUGAAGAAAAUAUCACCACAGUUCUUCCAGACAUGAAAAACGAUUAUUCCACUGAGCCUCCUAAACAGAUAACAACUUUGCCAGCGGAUAUUAUCAACAACAUUCACAGCAAUAGUUAUUUUGAUGAAAUAGUUCAACAUGAUGAUGUUGUGACAUCAGAAAAUUCAUCUUCUGUUGAAAGUACAGCAAAUUCUUCAAACGUUAACAAUUUUAACGUGAUCACUUCUAGUACUGAGGAUCUCAUUGCUUUGGAAACAACAACGAAUAUAGAAGGAACGACUAUUCCAGAUAUUGAGGAAAAUGACCUAAAGAAGUCAAACAAACCUGAACCAACAAUGAUAGUAGCAGAAGAUAUUGAAACCGCUACCACAGUAGUAAACGUAAAAAACAUCAAUGAAGAAAAAGAAGAAGAAAACGAAAUUUCAACCCAAACCAACCAAGUAACAACUAUGGAUCCAAAGCUAUACGAAGUAAAGGAAACUGUUGCAGAUGUGACUACUACAGAGAAGUUGUUUGUUACGCAGAAAACAACCACUGAGUCCAGAGAGAUCGAAGAUUCAACGGAAGAACUAGGCAUAAUUCCUUUAAGCGAAGAUACCUCAUCCGAAACACCGAAAAAAAAGAAAGAUUUGUCCUUCGAAAAUAACGAGAUCUCAGACGAAAAGAUUGACAGCAGCAAUGAGAAACUCAAUGAAAUUUCUCGCAAAAAGGAUCAAGUGAUACCAGUUACCGAAGACUUUGUAUUGCCUAAGGUUUCCAGAUGUUCUCCAGGACAGUUCCAGUGUUUAAAUGGAACUUCAGUUAAAGAUAGCAGUUACUGUAUUCCAAUCGGUGACAGAUGUGACUCUGUUUUGGAUUGUACUGAUGGUUCUGAUGAAAUCCAUUGUAUGGAGGAAGGAUGUCCCAAUAAUUAUCAGUGUGCCAGCAAACAAUGCCUAAAGCGACAUCUUGUAUGUGAUGGCAUUUUGAACUGUAAUGAUGGAAGCGAUGAGACCAAUUGUGAAUCAUGGACAUGCAGCCCUGACGAAAUAUCAUGCGGUCCUUCAAACCGCUGCAUCCCCGCCUCUUGGAAAUGUGACGGUAGAAAACAUUGUCCAGACGGGUCCGAUGAGGAUGGAUGUAUAACUACUGGUCCAUGUCCUGGGGAAUCUUUCAGAUGCUCCGAGGAUAGCAGCUGUAUACCUAAUUCAUGGAGAUGUGAUGGACUGUUGGACUGUGCCGGUGGAGAAGAUGAAAUGAAAUGCGCAUGUACUGAUGAAGAGUUCAAAUGCCAGAUAGGAGGCGGUUGUAUUCCCAUAUCCAAUCGUUGUGACGGUAUUGCUCAGUGCUCUGAUAGAUCUGAUGAAUGGAAUUGCCUGAAAUUGGAGAAUUUAAUCAUAAAGGUUACAGAUUCCAAUGACAAGAAGAUAUUACAGGUUCAAGCAAAGAACAACACUUGGUACCCAAUCUGUAUGGACUGGACGAUAUGGAAUACAACCUACGCUGACUUGGUAUGCCAAAAAUUAGGAUAUACAGCUUCAGCUACCUUAGAGUCCGUCCCAGAACCUAAGAACUCCACGUCAAAGAUAAGCUAUAAUUUGAAAGUGAUGACUGAGCAUGACGAGUCUCUGCAGUUUAUAGAAAAUAUUGUGCCGAACUGUGAUCAGUAUGUCUCUAUUAGUUGUCAAGAAUACGUUUGCGGAAGUUCCACCAACUUAGAUCUGCCCUCAGCUCGAAUAGUGGGCGGAGAAAAAGCAUCUUCCUCGCAGUGGCCAAGUCUUGCGCUCCUUUAUAACAAAAAGAGCAAUAUUUACUGCACCUCAACUUUGGUUACACCUCUUUGGGCAGUAACAAGCUACUCCUGCGUAGUUGGACACACAUCUCAACCCAUCAACAACGAUGAGUGGCUGCUUUACGCGGGAGGUACCAAUAAAGGCGACAAUUUUACUAGUCAGGUUAGGAAGUUGACGGAAAUAGUAGUUCAUCCACAAACGAAAUUCUCAAAUUUUGGUUUUAAGAAUGAUGCCGUUUUGCUCAAGUUAAGAAAACCAGUACAUAUCAAUAUAAAUGUUAGUUCUGUUUGUUUACCAAAUAGUGAAAUAGAACCAAGACAGUUGUGUGUUGUAGCUGGAUGGGGCAUCAAUAAACCAGGAGAGCCCACUAUACAGCAAUAUCUGCAUUACCUCCCAGUCCCAUUGAUAGAUACAAAUGAGUGUAAUUCAACUAAACAUUACAAUGGAAAAGUUACAGACGACAAAAUAUGUGCAGGAUACAUAGAUUCUGACAAAACACCGUGUUUUAAUGACGAAGGAGCACCUCUGAUGUGCUUCUCCGACAAAGCCGCUAUCUGGGAACUUCAUGGUUUGCUCAGUCAUCACGGCAACUGCGGAAACAUUAACAAACACCCAGCUAUAUAUACAGCUGUUAAUCCAAGUCUGAGAUCGUGGAUGGUUAACGUCAUCGGUCGGCAAGCUUUUACAACGUCGUAA